CCGCCGUUUGAACGGGGCCAUGGAGGGGCUGGCGGCGCUGCCCGAGGUGUGGCGGCUCUACUUCGCCUCCGUCCGCGCUGCCACCUUCCGCAACUGGCCCUUCACCGAGGGCUGCGCCUGCACGCCCGAACGGAUGGCGGCGGCGGGCUUCGUGCAUUGCCCCAGCGAGAACAGCCCCGACGUGGCGCAGUGCUUCUUCUGCCUCAAGGAGCUGGAGGGCUGGGAGCCCGACGACGACCCCCUGGAGGAACACAAAAAGCACUCCGCGGACUGUGGUUUUCUUUCUCUUCAGAAAGAACCUGCUAACCUGACGGUGCAGGAGUUCCUGAAGCUGGACAAAAUGCGAAUGAGAAAGGCACUUAAAAAAGAGGUAUCUCAGAAGAUGACCAAGGUUGAAGAUAAAGCCAAGAUCCAGCGCUGUAGUAUAAAGAAUCUGGCCUAGACUGCUGCAGCUUCAUAGUUGCCAGUGAUGUCUGUCUUGUCCGCAUGUUGUGGCACUGCCCCUGUGACUGAAUGGCUGUGUUUCCCGAGGCUGCUUCCAGACUGGCUGUCCCUGAGAAGCAGAGGGAAUUCUGCUUCACUCCUCCGAGUCUGUCUGGGAGGUACCUGGGGUUUGAUGCAUUGCAUACAUAAUAUUUUUCUGCAUGGAUUCUCCUAAUUUUCCUGCUGCUUUUUAAGGAUUAUUACUUGUGGGUUUACUUUUUUUCUUUU